AAGACAUUCCCUCUCCUGCUCCAUUUGCUCCAGAAUCCAUUAGCUGUUGUAUUUCCUCUUUCUGCCGGGAGAAUACCGAAAUGUGUCAGGCUUGGCCACUAUAGCUUUUUCAUCCAGAUAGGCAUUUCUGUUAGCCUGAGCAUUGCAUAUAAGAAAUCCAAUUGAAUUUUAUUUUUAAUGAGCUGUUAAAUUUUCUUAGUACAAUUACUUGAGUAGAACUUCAAAAAAAAAACCUGAGGGGGGUAAUUUAGCAAAAAAAGGAUUAAUAUUUUCACCCAACGUUAUUUGAACUGGAAUGAGAUCCCUGAGGGAAAUUUGUAUGGAGAGAGUUAAUUUAACAAUGACAAGGAACUCACGGUAAAAUGGGAUGAGGAAUGCACAGUAUGCUCUGGGGAAAAUGAGUUACUUUAUGUUUGAAAGCCCUGGUUUGUGUUUUCAAAGAGGCCAAUUUACAAAUUACAUAAAUUUCAACGUGACAAGCUGAUCAUCGCUAACUAUGGGGCCAAGUCAGUCACAGAACUAGCGGAGAGAAGAGCCAUAUGAACACUGGGCUGGAGGCAACAUGGAUGCUGGAACUGUGACAAGUUUAUCAAACUUGUCCAAUUCCUUCAAUCACUUUCUGGCGAGCUACAAGGACCCAAAGCUCUUGUACUGUGCAAAUGGAGGGCACUUUAUUCGAAUUCUUCCCGACGGACAAGUGGAGGGGACGAGAGACCGCAGCGAUGCAUACAUCCAGCUCCAGCUCCAGGCUGUAAGUAGAGGAGUGGUGACCAUUCAAGGGAUUGAAGCUAGACGCUACCUAGCAAUGAGCGAAAUGGGACAGCUUCAUGCCUCGCCAGACCCGACAGAUGAAUGUUUCUUCCUGGAAACAUUAGAAGAGAAUGGUUAUAACACCUACAAGUCUAAGGAGUAUAUAGAAAGGAACUGGUAUGUCGCCAUUCGAAAGAACGGAAAUGCCAAACCAGGACCAAGAACUAAUGUCGGACAGAAAGCCAUCCUGUUCCUUCCCAUGCAAGUUACAAGUGAUUAAAAGUCCAAAUGCAGCAUUAAACAGCCACCUGAUUGAAGCAGCCUCUGAAUGCACUGAAAUGCUCCACAUAGAUUAAGCAGUCGCUGGUCAAUGUGGUUGCAGAGACAGGUGAUAAUGACAGGCAAUGAAAGCAUGACCUGUAUUGUUUCAUCCCCUUAUUUUCACCCCUGUUCUAACUCCUUAUGCUGAAAGCAUUGACUCUCCCUGGGGGAGCAGGGGGCAUGUCUCCUGCACCACGUGCCUUCUGGCUUUCAUGUGACCAUCCUUCACAUAGGAGCCCAGAUGGCGAGAGGCGAUCACGGGCACCAGAGCCAAGCCAAUCCUGGCCUCCCUGGAUACUUACACAGGGGAUAUUUGGCAGCAGCAGUAGCUGCAUAGAGAUUGAGAGUGGGGAUUAUGGAUAAUUUUUACAGUCGCUAGCCCGGGCUACUGAGGGAGGACAAUUCCUGACUAAGCCAAACAGACCAGAGAAGGAACCAGGAGCGUUCAGCUCAUUAACAGAUUAAGGAAAAUACCUUCUCAACCAUGGGAGUAGUGGACCACUAGGGACCUGUGUUGAGCAGUUGGGCCAGUCAUUGACACUUUCUACAACUGAUGUUCAAGCGUAGAUUUUCUGAGUCCUCAUCUGCAGUGAGGUAGAUGGUGUGCCCUGGAUUGCCAACUCUAGUUGGAUGCACUCUGGUUUCAUCGUAUGACCUCACUGUUCCAACUGCCCCACCCAGUCAAAAGACCAUUUCUUUUUCCUUGUUCAAAUGGUUUGUAACUGAUAAAUGAAAGUGUUGAAAGGAAAUGAAAAACCUUUCUUAUGUCCUUAUGAUUUUUUUCCCUCCCCUGGGUUGUUUGAGGCAAUGAUUAAUCUUUAAUUCCUGGAGUCUCCAGGACAGCCCUGGAGAGUUGGCAACCCUAGAGCCUACAAUUUAAAAAGCGCAGAUGGACUGCCCAUGAGCAUGAGUUACUUCAUUUUGAAUGAGCACUCAGGAAAGUCUACCCUCAUAUUUGAAUCUUAGGACGUUACAUACCAGCAUUUGUCACCUCAUUUCAAAAGUCACCCGCUUUAAGCAGCCAGCCCGAAAGGUGACAGAUUAAUGCUUGUGUUCAGUUCACUGUGCUCCCUGCAAGCUGUAAGCAUGGAUUUAUUCCUUAAUUGUUUGGUUGAAAUCACUAAAACAUAAUAGUGAAAUCCAUGGAUCUUAUUUUUCUUUGUAUAAUUUUAUUGCACCUGAAAUUAUGUAAUAAAGGGACAUGAUAAAGUGA